GCUUGUAGGGUAUCUAAAGCGAGGGUCGGAGAAAUGCGGAGGGAGCAGGAAGGAGGCAACACGGGAGGAGAUUUGACACCGAGGAGGCACAGCGAGUGGAAAGCUAUAUGGAGAAAGCUGAAGAGGCGGAAGACUGGAGGUGUGGCGAAAGUGGAGCAUUCGAUUGGCUGAAUUAUUGAGUGGGCGGGAACAUUUCUUAUGCCGGAAGUGGCGAGGAAUUCAGGAUGUCGUCACUGAGGCGAAUAGGAAAGCUGGGUGAGAGGUCCAGUGUCCUGUUCUUGUGUGACAUGCAGGAGAAAUUUCGGAAGAGCAUUGUAUUCUUUCCAGAGAUUGUGUCUGUGGCUGCCCGCAUGCUCCAGGCUGCCAAAAAAUUGGAGAUGCCAGUCAUUAUCACAGAGCAACACCCAAAAGGACUUGGACCCACAGUUCCAGAACUUGGGGCGGAUGAUUUAAAGAAAUACACAAAAACUUCCUUCAGUAUGCUGACCCCUGAGGUAGAAGAGGAACUACAAUCGAUUCCUGACCUGCGCUCCAUUGUCUUGUGCGGUAUUGAGACACAGGCUUGCAUUAUGAGCACUGCCUUAGACCUUCUGGAUAAGGGUUAUGAUGUCCACGUUGUGGCUGAUGCUUGCUCUUCCCGAAGCCAGGUCGACCGACUCUUUGCCCUCUCCCGGAUGAGACAGAGUGGAGCAUUUUUAACCACAAGUGAAGGUGUACUCCUACAACUUUUAGGGGAUGCUAAACACCCAAAAUUUAAAGAGGUCCAAAAGAUCAUAAUGGAGCCAGCUCCCGACAGCGGCCUCUUGUCUCUUUUCCGAGGCCCAAAUCUUUUCAGCACAUAGUGUUCUUCAAAUGUCUUCACCGUUUCCCACUUCUAGAAUCCAAGCCAAACUCUAAGCCUAGAGAAGAUUAUGAUUAUUUGUAUUGUAUUCAACUCUAGGAUGUUCUCACAUUGCGGGUUGCUCUUAAUUAAAAAAUGUAUUAAAAGA